CGUGCGUUGGUCUGUUACGAGUGCGGGGACGCAGGAGGCGAUCACAGGCAGGACAGCAUGGACGUGGACAGUCUGCGCGCCGACCUAGAGAAGGUCGGCCAGGAGCACGUGCUUCGGUUCUGGUCGGACCUAGAGCCGCAGCGGCAGCGCAAGCUCUACAAUGACCUCAGAGGCAUCGACCUGCCGGAGGUGAACGCGUUCUACCGGAGCACGCUGGAGGAGGCCGAGGACCAGGAGAAGCUGGACGACCGGCUGAAGCCGGUGCCGGCCGACGUGUUCGGCUCGGUGGUGCGCUCCUCUCCCGAGGAGCUGCAGCGCUACAACGACGUCGGGCUGGAGGCGGUCUCGCGCGGUGAGGUGGGCGUGCUGCUGCUGGCCGGCGGUCAGGGCACGCGCCUCGGCGUCAGCUACCCCAAGGGCAUGUACGACGUGGGCCUGCCGUCGCGCAAGACGCUGUACCAGCUGCAGUCGGAGCGCGUGCGUCGGCUGCAGCGGCUGGCCGCCGAGCGGACGGGUCGCGCCGGCGGCCGCAUCACGUGGUACGUGAUGACCAGCGAGUCCACCAAGGAGCCCACUGUGCGCUUCUUCGAGAAGAACGACUUCUUCGGCCUGGACAAGCAGGACCUGGUGUUCUUCGAGCAGGGCACGCUGCCGUGCUUCAGCUUCGACGGCAAGAUCAUCCUGGAGGCGCCCGACCGGGUGGCGCACGCGCCAGACGGCAACGGUGGCCUCUACCGCGCCCUGGAGCGGGAGAACAUGCUGCAGGAUAUGGCCGAGCGCGGCGUCCAGUACCUGCACGUCUACUGCGUGGACAACAUCCUGGUGAAGAUGGCCGACCCCGUGUUCAUGGGCUACUGCAUCUCGCGCGGGGCUGACUGCGGUGCCAAGGUGGUGGAGAAGGCGUUCCCGACGGAGGCGGUGGGUGUCGUCUGCCAGGUGGACGGCCACUACCAGGUGGUCGAGUACUCGGAGAUCACGCUCAAGACGGCCCAGAGGCGAAACCCCGACGGCCGCCUGACGUUCUCGGCCGGCUCCAUCUGCAACCACUUCUUCACGGCCGAUUUCCUGCGCUACGUUGUCAGGGAGCACGAGACCGAGCUGCUGCACCAUGUGGCCAAGAAGAAGAUUCCGUACGUGGACGAGGUGGGGCAGACCCAGAAGCCGGACCGGCCCAACGGCAUCAAGAUGGAGAAGUUCGUGUUCGACGUGUUCCAGUUCUCCAAGAACUUCGCCGUCUGGGAGGUGCUGCGCGAGGACGAGUUCUCGCCGCUGAAGAACGCCGACGGCGCCGAGAAGGACACGCCCACCACGGCCCGCCUGGCGCUCUGCUCGCUCCACCAGCGCUACGUGCUCGCCUCAGGAGGGCAGUUCGUGGACGAGGAUGGCCAGCCCAUCCCACUCAUACCCGGCCGGCAGUCGUGGGUGAAGUGGGAGGACCCGGUCAUCUGCGAGAUCUCUCCGCUCGUGUCGUACGCGGGCGAGGCGCUCGAGCCGCUGGUGGCGGGGCGCCGCUUUAUGCCGCCGCUGCUGCUGAACGAGCCGGCCGAGCCGCUCGCCAACGGCCACUGAGAGGAGCGCCGCCGCGGCGCAGCAGCGGCCGACAGUACAAACCGCGCCCCGCGGCGGCCAAGGCCGCGUCGCCGCACGACGCUGAUUGGGCGGCCGAGCUCAUGCCACGUCUUGAUUGGUGGGAUGCUGCGCCGGCCGGUCGCAUCGCGAUUGGUGGCUGCGGCGCCAACGCCGUCACAAUUGGUGGCUGCAGCGUCGGCGCCGGGAUGAUUGGUUGGUCGCGUCGCUGGCCGUGAUGUGAUUGGUCACCGCGGGGACGUAGGCAGCUGGAGCGGGCCAGCAGCAGGAGCGAGGCGGUCGUUAAAUGAUUUCAGCACCACACGGCGAAUGGGCUGCUGAAAAUGGGUCCAACUGCCUGCCUGAAGUCACUGCUGGCGCUGUUUUUGCCGCUGCGGUGCGUUGCACUGGUAUCGCA